UGUUAGAUUAGAUUAGAUUAGAUUAGAUUAGAUUCUAAUCUAAUAUGAUAAAAAUGCGUCUCUCUUAGAAUUUGAUUUGAUUAAUUUACUUCGCUGUAAACUACCAGUGCUUGUAAUUUGUUCCGUCAAUUCACAAACUUCCCCUCUUUCCCCAUUAUGCUUCCUCGUUUUGAGUAAUCGAUUUUCACAGUCGUCGCUCCCCAUGGCACUUCCUCUCGGCAAGGUCGCAUUCCUCUUCGGAACCGGCGUUGUGGUGUCAGCACUUGCUAAAGAAUCAAGUGCAGGUGAUUAUCUCUCAGGUGCCUUCAAGAUUUUGUGGAGACAACUCAAGCAAGAUAAUUCAAAAAAUUCAAAUCCUAAGCCUCGUAGUGAUGCUUUGUUGCAGCAGGUCAAUAGCUUGCGAGAGGAGCUUCAGCUCUUGGCAUCUAAUAAUAGAUCUAUAACCAUUGUUACUCCAGGUGGUUCAGGCUCAAGUGGUAGAUAUGGCUUGAUCAUUGUUGUUGUGGUGGUUGGAUAUGGAUAUAUUUGGUGGAAGGGCUGGAAGCUUCCUGAUUGGAUGUUUGCAACCCGGCGUGGUUUAAAUGAUGCCUGCUCUUCUGUGGCCAAACAGCUUGAGGGGGUUUACACUUCAAUUUCGGAAACAAAAAAACAUUUAUCUUCUCGAAUCAACCGUCUUGAUUCCAAAGUAGAUGACUGUGCUGACAAUACAGCUGCGAUUAGAGAGGAGGUUUCUGAAUUUAGAGGGGAGGUGAGAACACUUGGUAAUGAUCUUGAAUCAGUUACCUUUGUUGUCCAAAAUCUGGAGACCAAAAUUAGUAGAAUAGAAGGGAGACAGAGGGAGACAAACUUUGGCCUGGGAAAGUUGAUUGCGUAUUCAAGAAAUUUAGAAAAAAGUAAAGGCGUGGAGCAGAUUGAGGCAUCUGCGUCAAGAUCAAUCAAUACUGCUCUUGAAUUUCCAGCAGCAACUCCAACCCUUCUUGUUGAGUCCUCUUCCUUUUCAACUGUUGAACCACCAUCUCCAUUUUCUUCCAAUGGAUAUGAGAAACGCUCCCUGCAUAGAGGUCUGUCCACUGGUGCAAAGAUUCGCCACGGGAUAUCAGAUGUGGUAGGAUUGAUCGGUGGAGUCAGUGCUCACAUCCAAAACACACAUUCAACAACAGAAGGGGCAAACCCUCAAAAUUCAAAUUCAACUUUUGGUUUGUCUGGACGCACACUAUCUGCCAAUGCUGCAAUUCUUACAAGAAGCCGAGGGGCAGUUCAGACUUUCAAUUUUUGAUCGAAGCUGAUUUUUACUGAGCCGGAGCUUGCAUGCAGGGCUGCAAAGCAUGUUAUAGUGUUAAUUUAGAGUUCAAGUUAAGUAUAUGUUUUGCGUCAACUCGAGUAGAUAUGAUAAAGCAGAAAAGGCAGACCUAAGGUUGAAUUAGAGGUUUACCAACCUGUUCUUUAGAAAGCAUCCUUGGUAGUUCACUAGUUUGGUACAUUGUAUUAUUGAACAGGGCGUUUUUAUUUACAGGUUUAGAACCUUCAACUGGGUUUUAUUUGGCAAUGGCAACCCCGGAAUAUUCUCCACCCAUUUCAAAGUUGGGGUGUAGAUUGAUUGUUAUCUUGGAUUAUUAUUACUCCCAAAAUUAAAUAAUAUGGAAUCUAGUUCAUAUAAAC